CAUGUUUCGCGACUCGGAAAAUUGGCUUUUCUGGGCGUGUCCGUGAUUUGCUGUGGUGAAGGCUGUGAAUCAUGUCAGUCCAAAGCUGUUUUGAGAUGUCGGAUGAGAACCGGCCGGAGGCCGCGUCACAGCGGCGCACGGCGCCCUACCCCGCCGGCCUCAAACUGGCCGCCGUCGCCGACCGACCUGUCCUGAAGGAGACCAACCGCGGCCCGAACGCUCAGUCGGGCGCGCCGUCUCGUUACGACGCGGUGCGCGCGCUCGACGAGGACGAGAACUGGCGCGACCGCACCGAGGUCAUCACCAAGCAGGACCACACGCUCAACAAGCAGCUGGCAAGGGACAUCGUCGAGCAGAUCGUCGACAGCGCCGCCAGCACGCCCUCCGAAGACUCGUCUCAGAGCUUCGCCACGGUGUCGUCGAACCCGCCGGCGCCGCCGCUCCCCACGUCGGCCAGCCUGCCGGACGUGGUGCGCGGCGUGGCUGACCCGCGCGCCGCCGACUCCGGCGACUCAGGCCUGCCGCCCGCAGUGCGUCCGAUGCCAGCCGCGGCUGAGGCCAGGUCGGCCCAGCGGACCGAGUACGAGUCGGCGCCGGAGCAGGAGGACGAGCCGGGGCCGCCGACGAUCCGCUCGGAGGCGUCACUGCUGGCCGACCAGCUGCUGGGAUUAGCACUGCAGACGCCGCUGAAGCGAGCGCCGGCCGCACAGGCGGGCGACCAGAGCUGCGCCGACAGCGCGCCACAGAGCCCGCCGUCGUCGCCGAGCCCGUUCGGGCGUGGCUCGCCGCCCAUCCGCACCGCCGCCGCCGCCGCCAUGACGCAGACCGGCGACGAAGAUGAGCCGAUUCCUCCCAAGGUCGGCUACAAUCUGGACUUCCUGGACGACCCCAGCUUCAACCCGUUCGCCACGGGGUCAGGCAUCCGGCUGAGCCCGCCCGCGUCCCCGAGCCCGGCGCUACCGCCGCUGAAGGCAGCGCGCACCAAGAAGCAGCGAGAACCGGUCUGA